AAUUCCAUGGUGAGUCGACCUCACUUACACGCCAGCCACGUCCCCAGAAGCAAGGCAGCCCAAACGCCCGACGCAACCCCCCUCCCUGUCGGCAACGGACGGCAUAACAGGGCGAGAGACGCAGAAACUCACAUAGGCCUGCGUUUCUUCCCUUGGAGGUUUCUUUGACCCAACCCGACCCCGGUCUACCCCCACUAAAUCACGGAAACCAUGGCGCCGCACCAGCGGACGAGGCAGCAACUGCCCUCCCCGCCGGCCUCCUUCGCAACCCGCAAGCACAGGAUCUUGGAGCAGCUCAGCGUGCCCGACGCAGAGUACACCGACGCCUCGCCCAAGGGGUCCGUGGACGUCGGUAUCCGCGAGCUCAUCGACGAGCUCAACGCCCUCGACGGCUUCGUCACGACGAGCAGCUGCGCGGGGCGGGUGAGCGUCUUCCUAGAGGGCCGCAGGGCGCCGGCCUCUGCUCCCGCUGGGCCGGCCAUCCAUGCCGAGACUCGUUCUCAGCCUGCAGCCCAGACAGGGGACGGCGAUGACGACGGAGACGACGACAGCAUCGUUAACAGCGGCAGCGCCGCCAUGACUAUAGCUGGCCCCGGGGGUAAGGGAGGCGGCGGCACGUGGUUAUUCGUAUCGCACGACCCCGUACCCGAAUCGCACGAUGGGGAUGACGAGAUGCUGCGUCGUCUGGGUCUCGUGGACGAGAAGGAGGUAGCCAGCCACCGCCUCGCCGGAGAGUCGGGCAGCGCUCAGCCUGGGCGACGGAGGAAACGACUCAUUCACUUCAAGUUCGAGCCCAUGAUUCUCCAUGUCCUGACGGCUUCCCUUGCUCACGCCCAGCUCCUGCUCAAGUGCGCGUUCGCGGCCGGUUUCCGGGAGAGCGGCGCCCUGAACCUGCUCCCCGCCGCCGCCCCUACCACACCGCAAGACGGCUCCUCAUCGUCGUCCUCGCCGCCAGUGACGCCUAUGGUGGGGGUCAGGACGAUGGGCCUGGCGCUCGAGUCCCUGAUCGGCUACGUCGACGAUGACGACAGCGACGAGGCCCGACACUGCACCGUCUCGGCGAGCUACCUGCGAGACCUGAUGCAGAUCGCCAACGAGCGCUUCGCGGAGAACGCGGCGAGGAUCGCGAGGUUCCGCGCCGCGCUGCACACGGUCCUGGCAGGGCCUCCGCCCAAGCUGGGCGAGGGGGGCGCCGAAUGGGAGGACGCUGCUGCCAGGCGGGAGCGCAAGAGGGCCGAGGGCCUGCGUCGCAAGGAGGAGGUGUUGGCUGCUAGACAGAAGACGCAGCCUCAGCCUCCAGCUGAUGGUCGGAAGACUCCCACAGAAGACCCGGCCGGGCUACCUGAAUACGAACUCCAUGGGCUGUGAUGUGACCAAAUCCAUUCGCCAUCUAUACACUUUUGUCUGUAUCCCCCACCAGUAGCAUGGUUGUUGUACACUUUGGCAUUCCGCCCCCCUACCGCCCUACUGCUGCCCCUCUGUUUCUCUCAGC